CUUUGCCCUUUAUUCCUUCUUCCUCCCUUCAGUCAUGGCGUCUGCUGGUCUGAGUGACGAGCUGACCUGCUCCAUCUGUCUGAGUAUUUAUACAGAUCCUGUAACCCUGACAUGUGGACACAGCUUCUGCCAGGUCUGUAUCGGGGAUGUGCUGGACACACAGGAGGGAUCCGGAGCCUAUAGGUGUCCUGAAUGCAGAGCAGAGUUUCAGAAACACCCCGUACAGGAGGGUUUCAUAUCAGCUCACCCUGAGCAGGAGAAAGCUGAGAUUUUCUGUUCGUACUGUGACUCAGCUAUAACUGCUAUUAAAACAUGCCUGCUAUGUGAAGAUUCUCUGUGUGAAAAUCACCUGAAGAUCCACAACAACUCAGCAGAGCACAUCUUAACUGAACCCAAAACGUUCUUUCAAAACAUAAAAUGCUCUAUUCACAAGCAGGUCAUUGAGUAUUACUGUUCUGGAGACGCCACGUACCUAUGUGCAUCUUGCAUCCAGGAUGAAGAGCACAUUGAUCAUCAAUUGGAGACUUUCAGUGAGGCCGCUGAGAAGAAGAAGGUGGAAUUGAGAAAUGUUCUGAAGAAAUUGACCAUAAAGAGAGAGGAGGCUGAGAAUACAGUCCAUAGUCUGCAGGAGCACAGGAGAAAAAUACAUGAAAAAGUAGUUGAUGUAACUGCACAAGCUACUGUGCUAAUCAAAUAUAUCAGAGAACAACUAGAAGCUCUAGAGAAGCGAGUCCUGAGUGAGAUCUCCAGGCAGGAAGAGCAGGUCUCCAUCCGAGUCUCAGAUCUAAUCCGGCAGCUGGAAAUAGAGAAGCAGGAGCUGUCAAGGAAGAUGGGUCACAUUGAGGAGCUGUGCAACACGACGGACCCAUUAACUGUCUUACAAGGACGGAGAUCAGACAGCGCUGACCUUUAUAGUACAAAUGAACGAGGCAGUGAGGACAAAAAGAGAUAUGAUAAACAGGUUUGUGCUGUGGGUUACCUGGAUGUUAGUCUCAUUUCAGUGACUUUACACAAAGGUUUAGAUGAUAUUGUGACUAAUUCAAGGAGACAAAAUAAUGUGCCUGAAGCCUCAGAUUUUCUACUGAAUUCAAACACUGGUUUAAACGUAUUACUAGAUGUAAACACAGCUGCUUCUAAUGUAGAUGUAUUUGGUGACUUGAAAACUGUAUUCUGGUCAGAAAUUAAGCAAAAGCGACCAAAAAUGCCAGAGAGAUUUCUGGAUUAUCCACAGGUUUUAAGCACCAGGAGUUUCUCAUCGGGAAGACUUUACUGGGAAGUGGAGACCAGUAAAUCGGGGAACUGGAGCGUAGGGAUGGCCUACAACAAUAUAGAUAGGAAAGGAGUACAGUCAGCAAUUGGGAAUAAUAAAAAUUCAUGGUGUGUGGAGGGCUGUUAUAAUCAAUAUUCAGUUAGACAUGACAGCAACGUAGCCUGGUUACCGCAAACAACUUCAUCUCAAAAACUAGGGAUUUUCCUGGACUACGGGGUUGGGCAACUGUCCUUCUAUGAGCUCUGUGACCCGAUCCGACAUAUUCACACCUUCACUGCCACCUUCACCGAGCCACUUCAUAUUGCAAUCUGUGUAUGGAAAAACACCUGGGUGAGAAUCAGGAGCCACGAUUAAUGAUCUGAAGUCCGUAUAAAUGAAUCUGAGGAUUUCAAACACCAUGCUGGUUACAAGAGUAGAAAAUUAGAAUUUUUAUAGAAUUUAGCAGAAAAGAAUACCACUAUUGUUAAUUUUCUGUAUCAUGCCAGUUUUAUAUUGUUUUGCUAGUGGAACAGGGCAGGUUAGGAAGGGUUUAUCGAGAUGAGAACUGUAUCCACGUCUUUCUGUUUGCUUUUAAUACCGCAUUGUUCUUAACACUGCUCAUUGAAUUGAUUUUCUUCCUUUCCCACAGGAAUCUAAAGGUGAAUAUUUUUAGAAUAGCAUGAUAAUAGGGUGAUGGUGCUGUGACCUAGUUUUCCCACAACGGCUGUCACUAAAUCUGCUCCGAUUUCUCUCUCUUUUUGGUAGUCCAUCAGUCUACUCUAUGCUAGAGCCAGGAGGAUUGACAAAAAUCAGGCAACUAUCGAAAGAUCUUGUUUUAUUUUAGGACCAACAUGUAGGAAAGUUUGAACAGACUUGAAGUUUGACUGACCAUUAUUUUAUUUGUCAUCACUCCGGAUUUAUAUUGGGGUCAAUACCAAGGAAUGUAUUACACUACCACCACCAAAAUUA